AUGCGCAAAAAAUUAAGAGAGGACAUAGCUUUACCUUCAAUUAUGUCGGAACGAAAGGCGAUAAACAAGUACUAUCCACCAGACUAUGACCCGUCAAAAGUUGUUAAGAAAAAGAAGAAUAAUAGCUCAUCAAACCAGACUAUAAAGAUUCGUAUGAUGGCACCGUACUCGAUGCGGUGCCUAAGAUGCAACGAAUACAUCGCAGAGAGAAGAUCUUUCAAUGCCAGGAAGGAGGUUACUAAUGAACGUUAUUUGAAUAUCAAGAUUGUGCGGUUCUACAUUACAUGUCCCGGCUGCAACAAUACAAUCACUUUCAAGACAAACCCCGCCGAAGCUGGAUACACACCAGAAGAUGGUGCUGUACGGAAUUUUGAACCAUCCAAAAAGAAGAGGAAACAAGAGUCAGAGGACGAUUUAUUGAAGCGAUUGGAGACCGAGGAAGAAGAGGAUAAAAAGUAUCAACUAUUAAUGAAGAAACGUAAGAACAAUCCCUUCUGGAAGGAGCAAGACGCGACAGGUGGUGAUGUGAUGGAGAAAUUUGAAAAGAGGUUGAUUGAACAGCAGCGACAACAAGAAUUGAAUGCAGAGCUUGAAGCUAUUCAGCAACAAGUUGAAAGUUCGAAAUCAAAAGGUGGUGAUGAAGUGUUAUCAAAGCUACUUGAGAAGGGAGAGGAGGAAAAUAAGGAAGAGAUUGAGAUUGAGACGGAGCAAAAAGCUGAGGCAAAAACUGAAGCAAAGGAGAAACCUACAAGGAACACCACUAUCGCUUCAUUGAAAAUACCCUCAAAAAUUACUAUACGAAAAAAGACAAAUGGCUUACCAAGCUUAGAUUAUAGUAGUGACAGCGAUUAA